AUGGAUUCGCAUUUAAACUUUAAAACAGCAACUAUUAAAUCAAUUAAAACAAAAGAUAUGUCGACAAUUGUCGAUUUGAUUAACUCAUAUAAAGAAAUGAGUGACAAAUUCAGUGACCUUUUCUUUAGUUACAUGAAAUCUAAUCAACAAUCAUUUCCAAUAAAUUUACUGAAAACAUUCAUGAAAUUAUAUUCCUUACACGAAUUCUUGGAAUUCCAUCCAUUUGAUUCAUUUUGUCCAUAUUACUCAUCAGCAAAUGAUUUCAAAAUAUCAUUUCAUCACUUGUUACAGACUCUUUGUAUGGAUGAAUCAUCUGAUGAAGAAAACUUCGAUUCUAAUAACAUCUUCUGUUUCAAAAAUCCUAUUGACUACGAUACGUUUGAAGAAGAUCCUAAUUUUGAACAACAAUCUAAUCUAGUAAAUGACUCUUCAUCUGUAAUUACACAACAUCAGGAAAGUGUUACUAAUGAUUCGAUUGAAAUUCAAAAAGACGUUUCCACAAUGACUUGUGAAAAAGAAAAUCAAAUGACAAUACCAAAAGGUGCUAAUUUGGCUCCAGAAAUUAACGAUUCAUCUAGUAUUAACUCACAUGAUUCAAUUCCAAAUACACCUGAAUUUGACGAGAAAUCCAAUUCGGAUGUCAAUUUACCAUAUUUUGAAGAUGUGAAUCAAGAAGGAUUAAUAGAAAUUCAAAAAUCCCCAAAUAAAAUUCAAAAGUUUCAAGGGAUGCAUUUAUUGCAUGAAGAUAAUCAUAAAUCUUCCAAACAAAAUGAAAUUAAUUCUCUUCGAAUUUGGAACAGCUUUCAGAUAUUUGCUCAGAAACGCAAAUCUUUGGUUUUAACAUUGUCAUUUGCUCUAAUUCUUUUUAGUGCAUUUGUAAUUAUGUUAAGCAUAUUGUUCCACCAAAUUGUAUCGAAUUAG